CGGCGCGCUCCGAGUUUUGAAAGACAGCUCCGGGAGCCAAUCAGCGCAUCGGCCCUCUUCCGGGAUCCGCGUUCCCGCCACCCCGCCGGCGGCCGUUACUGGUGGCGCGCGCGCGGGGUUUCGUAGAUCAUGGAAAACACCCAGGUUAUUGACUGGGAUGCUGAAGAAGAGGAGACAGAAAUAUCCGAUGGGUCCCUGGGGCAUAGCUUGGAGCCUAUAGGGCGGCUACGUCUCUUCAGUAGUGCUCAUGGACCAGAAAGAGAUUUCCCUCUCUACCUUGGCAAGAAUGUAGUUGGCAGAAGCCCUGACUGCUCUGUGACCCUGCCUUUUCCAUCCAUCUCUAAACAGCAUGCAGUGAUUGAGAUCUCUGCUUACAACAAAGCCCCUAUCCUCCAGGAUUGUGGGAGCCUCAAUGGCACUCAGCUCGUAAAGCCCCCUAAGGUCCUAACCCCUGGAGUGAGCCAUCGUCUGAAGGACCAGGAAUUAAUUCUGUUUGCAGACUUUCCCUGCCAAUACCGUCGCUUGGAUGUCCCUCCACCUUUGGUCUCUCGGGGAUUUCUAACUAUAGAAGGGACCCCCAGAACACAGGGAGAAUCCCAGACAUCCCGAGUUUUGUUGGCUGAGGAUUCAGAGGAGGAAGUGGAUUUUCCUUCUGGAAGGUGUGUGAUAAAUGGAUCAAGAAAUCCAACAUCCCCAUCAGCAACAGUUGUUCCGGAGAGUGAUGAAGAGGCAUCUUCUCCAGCCCCGAGAGCCCCUGGGCUGUCUCUGCCCUUUGACGUGGGCAGUGACACAGAUGAAGAGCAGGGUCAGCAGCCGGCAGUGGGGGGAUCCUCUUCAGCUAGGGCAGGUGCUGCUGCUGUAGAGGCUGAGCAGCCUGGAGUUAAAGGAAUGACAGCUGGCAUCCAGCUGGGACAGGCACAGCCUACUGAGCCAAAGUUCAAGGACGCGAAAGUCAAGAGUGAGGCUGGCAAUGGAGCAGCUCAGGUUGGGUCAGUUCUGGAGAGGAACCUCACUCUUGGGGAGGACAGUGACACAGAUGUGGAAGGAGAGGAGGGGGUUCCUAUGACCCCAUGUGUAGGUCCUGGGAAGAAGAAGCAAGUCCUGCUUGGAGUUGGUCCAGGGGACCCUGGAGCUCCUGGAGUGGGACAUGUGCAGGGCAGCCCAGCCUCAGCUGUGGAGGAGGGCAGGGCGCCAGUGGCUGUCCCUUCAGAGACAAACCACACACCCAUGGUGAUUGACAGUGACACAGACGAGGAGGGUGAAGUCUCAGCAGCACUCACCUUGGCCCAUCUGAAAGAGAGGGGAAUUACUUUGUGGAGCAGAGACUCAGGCAUGGAAGAGGUCAAGUCCCAACCCCAGGUCCUUGUAGAGCGAAGCCAGAGUGCCUCUGGAAGAGACAGUGACACGGAUGUGGAGGAGGGAAAGAGAGAAAUGGUCCCUGACAGCCCAAUGGACAUAGAUGAGGCUCUCACUGUCAGGCAUUCAGAGAGCCAGCCUCCCCAUAGAGCCAGGGAUGGAGGUGAGGAUGUGGACAUGAACUCCCCUGGUGGCCACCUCGAGGGAAAUCAGGCCUCCUCUGCCACAGUAGACAACAAUGCUACACAAGUGGAGGAGGAAGUCCCGCCAGAGCCAGCUGUUACCCUGGGGGAGAAGCACCAGCUGCCUCUAGAGGAAGCCCAGCCUUCUGAGGAGGCCUGGGAAGCAGCUGUGGGGGAAGGCUCAUCUUCAGCAGUGGCAGAUGUAAGAAAGAGCCAGCAGCCAGUAGCAGAAGAUGCUCGGACAGAGUGUACUACAGCUGUUUCUGAGGCGGAGAGCACUCUUGUGGGGGCCCAAAGAAGGUCACCUACUGCACCAGUGGAGCAGGUGGUGGUAUAUACAGGUACUCGAGGGGAUCCCACACAGCCACAGAGAGAGGGAGCCCAGACUCCCACAGGAAGAGAGAAAGGAGCACAAAUGGGCAGAACCAAGAAUGCCAAAGACUGCUCUGAUGAAUCUGACGAUCUGUGCCUUCCAGCUACCCAGUGCUUUGUAGAAAGGGAGAGCCAGAGCUCAGAAGCUCAGAGUUUGGAAGAUGAGCCUACCCAGGGCUUCCCAUGGACUCUGCCCCAAGAGCCUGGGCCUUCCCAUCUUAGCCUUCAGACUCCAGGUGCAGGUGCCCUGGAUGUGCCUUGGGAGGUUUUGGCUACACAGCCAUUUUGUCUGAGAGAACCUGAGGCCUCAGAACCCCAGCUCAUCGCCACCCACCUUGAAGCUCAUGGAUCUCCUCCAUCUCUACCUAGUGCACCACCAGGACACCAGCAUUUGGUUCACACAGAGCUGUCGGGAGUUCAAGGCAGAGAGAUACAAACUAUGGAGAAAGCCAUGGGUAUACCAAAGGAAACAGCAGACAGGGUGACCCCUGAGAGAGAGCCAUUGGAAAGGAAAGUCAGGGAAAGAGCAUCAGACAGUGAGAGAGAGGAUGUGAUGGGGGAAGAACUACCUCAGGUGACAGAGGACAGAGAGCCAAAGACGGUGCUGGCUAGAGACGGACAGGGACAGGAGUCUAACAAGGGGAAGGGUGGGGAUCCUGAAGGAAAUAGGGAGAGUUUGAAGGUAGAAAUGGAGAUGUCCAAAGACACACAGAAGAGAGAGAGAGAAGUGGGGAAACCAGAACCAGAGAGAGAGUGGGAGCCAGCUGAUUUAGAAGUGAACCUAGAUAGAGGGGUGGCUGAGGGAGGGAGCCAUGACCAGAAAGAACAGAUUGCCAGUCCAACACUAAAGCCUGGACUUGGCAUGGGGGACCUUGAGGGACUGACAUCAGCCCCGCCAGUCUGUGGGAGCCAGGGAGAUGGAGGAAAGGGAGACCCCGUGAGCCCCGGGAGGCAGCAGAGAGGCCGCUUGAGUUGCAAGAUGACGUCUGCUGGAAAGGCUUCCGGGGGUGAUCCAGAACCCCCAGCCCAUUGCCUGCUUUCUCCAGUGCCUGAAGCUUCAGCUCUACCUCAGAGUCUCCUCGCCUCUCAGAGCCGAAAACAGUCUCUGCAUCCACCUUUGACGUCUUCUCCUUCUGAGCCACACCUUCCUGAGAGUCUUCACACAGAGCCUCAUGUCAGGCCUCGGCGGUCCUCCAGGAUGACCCCCUCAUCCUCUGCUGCCCUGAAGCCUUACACUGCCUGCCCCACAAACCUGCCUGCUGCCCCCAGACCCACAUCUCAGGUCACUCGGGGCAGGGCAAAUAAGUCCUCUGCCAGGACCCCAGAAGUGAUUGUCCCUACAGACUCUGAGCUCCAGCCUCCCACCUCCACAGAACAACCUGCCAUCCCCAGACCCACAUCUCAGGUCACUCAGGGCAGCACAGACAGUUCCUUUGAUAAGACACCUGAAUCAGUUCUCACAGGUCCCAAAAUCCAGCCUCCCACCACAGAACGGCCUGUUACCCCAAACCCUACACCUCGGGCCACUCGGGGCAGGCCAAGUAGGUCUUCCAUCAAGACCCCAGAACUAAAUGUCCCCACUAGCUCUGAACUCCAGCCUCCCACCUCCACAGAACAAGCUGUCAUACCUAAACCCACAUCUCGGGCCACCCGGAGCAGGGCACGUAAGUCUCCUAUCAGGACCCCAGAACCAGUUGUCCCCACUGUCUCUGAAAUUCAGCCGCCCACCUCCACAGAACAAGCUGUCAUACCUAAACCCACAUCUCGGGCCACCCGGGGCAGGCCACGUAAGUCUAUCAGGACCCCAGAACCAGUUGUCCCCACCGGUCCCGAACUCCAGCCUGUUAUCUCCACAGAAGAGCCUGUCACCCCUAAUCUCACAUCUCAGUCCUCUCAGGGCACGUCACGUAAGUCUAUCAGGACCCCAGUUGUCCCCACUGGCCCUGAAUUCCAGCCUGCCAUCUCCACAGAACAGCCUGUCACCCCUGAGCUCUCAUCUCAGGGAAGGGCACGUAGGUCUUCUGUCAGAACUCCUGAAGCCAGCAUCUCCGCAGCCCCUGAACUUCAGCCUUUCACAUCUAGAAAACCUCCUGCCCCCAAGCCCACAGCUCUGGGCACUCGGGGAAGGACAUGUAAGCCCUCCAUUGAGGAGUCUAAAUCAGUUGAACCAGUAGCCCCUAAUUUUGAGCCUCCCAUCUCCACAGACCAUCUUGUUACCCCUGAGGUGACAGAUCAGAGCAUAACACUAAAGUCUUCACCACUAAGUGCUUCCCCAGUGUCCACUACCCCUGAACUGGAACCUGGUCCCCCAGAGCCCGUUCCUCAAGGCAGUCGCCGAAGGAGGCGCAAGGCUGCGGGGAAACAGGGCUCCCACAUAGUUCCCAUUGACCAUGAGCCUUACUCUGCACCCUCUAAACCCGAGUCCCAGUCUUUAACCAACCAAAGCUCAGGGACAUUAGAAGAAGCUGAGUUGAUUGCAGUCGCUCCUGAGGCUGCCAUUGCUCAGGUUCCAGAGACCCCCCCUCACAUUCCUCUGAUGCAAAAGGAAGCGGCUGGGAGAUCAGGGCUCACUCCCAAAUCCCAGCCUGAGGCCUCUCGAGUCCACAAGGAGCUCUCCACUACCACAGACUCACCACUUCAGAAACGUCCCCGAAGACAAGUUCCCCAGAUGACCAUCGUCCCCAAGGAAGAAGAUCCUCCAGAAACGCCAGUGAAGGAAGAGCCUCAGGAGAGAGCAAUUCCAGUACCAGGCAAGAGAAAGAGGGGCCGUGCAGAAGAUGAGACCCAGGGAAACCCAAGUCGAAGCCGGCGGGCUAAACCUAACCAAGAAGCAGUAGCUCCCAAGGUCCUCUUCACGGGAGUCGUGGAUUCUCGUGGAGAGCGUGCAGUCCUGGCUCUGGGAGGCAGUCUGGCCAGCUCAGUAAAUGAGGCCUCCCACCUGGUCACCGAUCGCAUCCGCAGGACAGUCAAGUUCUUGUGUGCUCUGGGGAAGGGUAUCCCCAUCCUCUCCCUGAACUGGCUGUAUCAGUCCAGAAAGGCCGGUCACUUCUUGCCGCCUGAUGACUACUUGGUGACUGAUCCUGAACAAGAGAAGAAUUUUAGCUUCAGCCUUCGGGAUGCCCUGAGCCGGGCUCGGGAACGGAAACUGCUGGAGGGCUAUGAGAUUCAUGUGACCCCUCGCGUGCAGCCACCUCCAGCUCAGAUGGCAGAGAUCAUUGGCUGCUGUGGAGGCACUGUCCUGCCCAGCAUGCCCCAUUCCUACAAGCCUCAGCGAGUUGUUGUGACCUGCACUGAAGACCUUCCUUGCUGUGCUGUCCCCACUCGCCUGGGGCUGCCCCUCCUCUCUUCUGAGUUCCUCCUGACUGGAGUGCUGAAGCAGGAAGCCACACCAGAGGCCUUUGUCCUCUCCAAUUUAGAAAUGUUAUCUUCCUAAAAAAUACAAAUCUACCAGCAAACACUCCUAGAAAACACUUGGAAAAGAAACAUAAAUACACAAUUAAGACCCAGCAAGGUAGUCCACACCUUUAAUCUGAGCACUUGAGAGGCAGAGGUAGGCAGAUUUUUGUUGAGUUCCAGGCCAGCCAGGGCUACAUAAUAAGAUCCUUUCUCAAAAAACAAACAAACAAAAAACCCUCAGGCCUUCACAAAGACCUAAGAUAUUGGGAAUGUGGGUAAGGCCACAGAGCUUUUGAAAAAUAAAAAAAUAAAAAAGGACUUUUUCCCUAAGAUGUCCAGUUUUAAAUUGUCCAAACCCAAGCUGGGGGUAGUUGUGUGGCAGAGCACUUGCCGUCGUGAUGAGGGCCCCGCUUCAGUCAGCAGCCUGCAGCUGCUCUGGUGAAACUGCUGUCCCAGA